AUGAGUCUUGAUAUAAGUGAAGUUGAAAAUAUGAGAUCAGAAUUAUAAAAGUAUUAUGAAAUAGGUCCUAUCAAAGCUUUAACUAUUUUAAAUUAGCUUUCUAAAAGGAAAUUAGAGAGAGAAAUAUUAGUUGGCAGUAGAAUUACAUAAACAAUAGCAACAUUAUCUAAAAAAUUAGCGAAUAGUGAUGAUGAAGAUGACGUAGAAGUUUCUGAGCUAUGUUCAAAGCUUACUUGCAAAUGGAAGAGGAUUUUUGAAAAGAAAAGAUAGUGA